AUGGCCAAGAUUACGAACUUUAUGCGCGUGACGAAGCAGCCAAGGGCGCAUGGGAAGAAGAUAGAUACCGAUGAAGAGCCGGAGGGGCAUAUUCCGGUUUUUAUCUACGAGUUUGUCAAGUACAAAGCUAAGCACGAAAAGCACGAGACUUCUAAGAAACUCAAGACAAUUGUUGAGUAUAUUAAGAAGCAUUACGAUGUACCAAAGGAUUUCGAAGUGAAUGCCAAGUUUGGGUGCCACAGUGGAUUGACGUUCGAGAAGCGGCUGACGAGAGCGUACUUGAUGGGGCAACUCGAUUUGAAGCAUGAAAAAAAGGGUGGAGCUAUGCCGAAGCCGAUCUGUUUGACAUGCGCUACAGUGGGUCACACUUACAAGACGUGUCCUGACGGAUUUUAA